CGUCUCACUUUUGAUUGGAUUUGGAACGAGAGUUUUUUCUCUAUUAUCGUCACAUAACUUUAAUGCACCUUAAUUUCUAUUGUCAUGAAUAUUAAUCUGAAUAUUUGCAAUGUAACUAUUACUGGGUUAGCAUUUUUCUUUCUUUUCGCUGCAUUUCAAACAGCAUCCUUGACUGCACAAAAUGUUUUGGAAGCUGUCUCAAAACAGCGCAACAACAGUUUUGAUGGCACAGGUUACACUAGCUUAGCAAUUGUGUAUAUCUCAUUUGGUUUAUUCAACUGGUUUGCACCAAUUGUUGUAAUGUAUCUGGGAGAAAAAUAUUCUAUGAUCGCCGGUUCAUUUUGUUAUGCUUUAUACAUUGCUUCAUAUAUUGAACCCUUUGAGUGGAGCCUGUAUUCGGCAUCUUUGGUAAAUGGAAUCGGUGCAGCAGUGUUGUGGACUGCUCAAGGUGCAUUCAUUACCGAUUGUUCUACCAAAUCUAAUUUAAAUCAACAUUUCAGUCUGUUCUGGGGAUUAUUCCAAGCUAAUCAAAUAGUUGGUGGUUUGUACGCUUACCUAUCACUAUCGAAUAUAGAUGAAAUCUCUCGCACAUUACGUAUUCGGCUUUAUGGUGGAUUGUUGGGAUGUGCUAUUUUUGGAAUUUUAUUAUUAUUCACGCUGAGAAAGCCUCAUAAAACAGACAACAUUUCACACCAGCAGUUAAUUAAUAUGGAGACGAAUUCCUCUGGUGAUAACUUGAGUGAAUUAACUCCAGAUUACUCAACAAUACAAAAUCGUUCGACAGUUUUUCAGUCGACUUUACACUCUUUACGUAGAUCGGUUAAAAUUCUAAUCACAAGACCAAUGAUUUGCAUUCUUGUAGCAGCAGCAUUUACUGGUAUUAAUUUAACGUUCUAUUCAAGUCUAUAUGCUUCUGCGUUAGGACAUUGUUUACAUUUCGGUAGAAAUGCAAAGUCUUAUAUUGGAUUAGCUGGCCUGUUUAUUGGGAUUGGAGAAAUUGUCGGUAGUUUCUCUUCACAUUUAACUCGGUGGAUUCGUUUAGAAGGAGUUCUAGUUAUUUUUGGUUACAUCAGUGCAAUUGUAGCUGGCUAUUUCACUUUCAUGAUGUUACCGACAAACAGUUCUAUAAAAGAUACGGAUGAGCUGUCUUAUAUUACUCCUAAUGUCUAUUUGGCUAUGCUCAUAGCAUUUUUGUUUGGUGGUGUGGAUUCCGUGUGGAACACACAAAUUUCUACUUUAAUUGGUUUCAUUUAUGGUGAACAUGGAAGGGAUGUUACAGUUGGGUUUGCUUUAUUUAAAUCUGUUCAAUCUAUCGUAUCGGGAAUUGCUUUUGUCUAUAGCACUUACCUACUAUUACACUGGCAAAUACUCAUUUUUGUUGUAAUGGCUACUAGUGGUUUGUAUUGCCUACUCAGUGUCUAUUGGUCACAUCUAUCUCGCUCAGUAAAUUUGAUCGCCUAGACUGAACGAGCUUCUCCAUGCUAAUGUAACAAAACAUUAACACCUCAGUGCUCAAUAUAAAGUUAACUGUGAUUACUCUUGAAAACCAUCUUGUCGUUAUUAUUUAUCCUUUUCUAAAUUGACAAUGUUGAAGAAUUGUUUGCAUAGGAAAUUGGCUUUUGUGCACAUUUUCUUUCCUAUGUUUUUUUUAUUUAUUCAGUUUGUUCUCAACUAUCGAUGAAUUUUAUUGCAAUCACGAUUAAAAAUAAUUACGACUUA